AUGGCGCUUGCGGCACCUGCAUGGUCGACCUCAACCAAAGCCGCCAUCGCGCCUCCCAGAAACACGGCCCAGCCCGAGGCCUCCGACUUCUCUUCCACUCUUGCGAAGGCCUGCAAGGCGUCGGUGCCGUUAGCUUCCCUGGGCUUGGCGUCUCGGGGGCAUCGGAGAGCGAGGGUGGCACGUGCGGGUGCGCCUCCUACGCCGAUCUGGCAGACGAAGCGUAGACUGAUGGUUGCCCAGCUGGAGCGCCAAUGGCGUCUGCCGGUUGAGGAGGCAGGGGCAGAUGCUCAGAAGUCGCAGGAGCCUCAAGAGCUGCCACAGGCAUUUCUGCGUUUUCUGGGUGGGGGUGUGCUGAUGGCGGUCCUGGCGCAGGCUUCCUUCCUUGGACGUCGCGGGCCGGACCUCCCAUCUGGGCCGGACAUCCCAUCUCAGGUUUGA